UCCAGCAGCAGAACCUGGAGGGCUAAUGUGUGGCUUCGCCAAUCUCCCCAACCAGGUGUAUCGGAAGUCGGUGAAAAGAGGGUUUGAGUUCACGUUAAUGGUUGUAGGGGAAUCUGGUCUUGGGAAAUCAACUCUCAUCAACUCUCUGUUCCUGACCGACCUGUACUCCAAGGACUACCCUGGGCCCUCCCAGCGCAUCAAGAAGACAGUGCAGGUGGAGCAGUCCAAAGUGCUGAUUAAGGAAGGAGGGGUCCAACUGACACUCACCAUUGUCGAUACACCCGGGUUUGGAGAUGCAGUGGACAACAGCAACUGUUGGCAGCCAGUCAUAAACUACAUCGACAGUAAGUGCGAGGACUUCCUGAAUGCAGAGUCGAGGGUGAACCGCAGAUCCAUGCCAGACAACAGAGUCCACUGCUGCCUAUACUUCAUAGCGCCCUCUGGACACGGUCUGAAGCCGCUGGACAUCGAGUUCAUGAAGAGACUCCAUGACAAAGUCAACGUCAUCCCUCUCAUUGCAAAAGCUGACACUCUGACCCCGGAGGAGUGCCAGCUUUUCAAAAAACAGAUAAUGAAAGAGAUACAGGAGCACAAAAUCAAAAUUUACGAAUUCCCAGACACAGAGGACGACGGGGACCACAAGCUCAUCCGAAAGAUCAAGGAGAAGAUGCCACUGGCAGUGGUUGGCAGCAACGUGGUAAUCGAGGUGAAUGGCAAGAAGGUCAGAGGUCGCCAGUACCCAUGGGGCGUGGCAGAAGUGGAGAACGGGGAACACUGCGACUUCACCGUGCUACGCAACAUGCUCAUCAGGACCCACAUGCAGGAUCUAAAGGAUGUCACCAACAAUGUCCACUACGAAAAUUAUCGCAGUAAGAAACUCGCUGCUGUCACCUGUAAUGGAGUGGACACUUCCAAGACCAAAGGACAGCUCACUAACAGGAGUCCUCUGGCACAGAUGGAGGAGGAGCGCAGGGAGCAUGUGAUGAAAAUGAAGAAGAUGGAGGCAGAAAUGGAACAGGUCUUUGAAAUGAAGGUGAAGGAGAAGAAGCAGAAACUGAAGGACUCCGAGGCUGAGCUGGAGCGACGCCACGAACAGAUGAAAAGGAACUUGGAGGCGCAGUACAAAGAGCUGGAGGAGAAGAGACGAGUGUUUGAGGACGAGAAGGCCAACUGGGAGGCUCAGCAGAGAAUCCUCGAGCAGCAGAAACUGGACGCCUCCAAGACGAUGGAAAAGAACAAGAAGAAAGGAAAAAUCUUUUGAAGAGAGACGCAACCUGUUCCUUCAGUUUUGCAUUGCAUUUUCCCAGUUAAAAUUUCCUGUGGCGCUCUGAACAAACACACACACAAACAGAUACAACAUUCCCAUUCACAACAUUUCCUUUGUGUUACAUUUACACACACACACAUAAACAUAUGGAAAUGCCCACAACAGCCCACAUGCUCAUCUCUCUGCAGUUUCACAGUAUCUGGUGAAACCUUUUCUUUCCAUUGGGAAUGCAUGUUUUUGUGAAAUUCUAUUUUCCUAUAUUUCCUGACAAAGAGGAGAAGCCCGAGUUCCUCUGAGCUACAGUACGGAGUUAAACACAUGGCAGGGACCAUGCAUAGCCAUUUGUACACAUGUAGUAGUUGUAUGUUCUCUACAUAUUCCAUAGAUCUGCAGAUAGAUGUACUAUCCCUCUCCUUGACGCUUUUCUUUUAUUGUUCUGAAAAAUGUAACUCCAGUGUACACAUUCAAACCGUCAGUCAUAAAGACCUCAAUGAGAGUGUGUUCGGAGAAGGGAGAGUGUAUGUGAGUGAAGGCAACCGAAUCAUGUGACAGCUGAGCAGGGGGAAGUUGGUCACACCAGAAAGUGGCACAGCAAAGUUAAGCAUGCGUGGUUAUAUCUGGUUCUAGAAGCUUGGUCACAUAAUGAAUACAAUAAAAAGUUACUCCCGUUAGCAAGUGUGUCUUGUGAAUAAGGUCACUAACAUAACGUAUCUUCCCAUUAGCAAACUUAUUGCCAUCUUUUGUGGAGCAUUUUAAACUCAAACAGAGAAGAUUGGAUGGUGCAACAACGCUGAUUAGCUGUAUUACAAUAGCUUCCUCUAUAUUUGACUCUGUUCCCUCAAAGCAGUGUCAAGGCAGCUUCGUAUUGGUCAACAGCACAAAUUCAGGCUUUAAAUUUUACUCUACGUGGAUAAAUGUUGCCAUUUUAUGUUGGUGCGACCGGGCCUUUGAACAGGAUUUAAAGUAUGGUGGCAGGUGUGGUGUGUGUGUGUAUGAGCAGGAGUGUUUUAUUAGAUGCUGUGUUUGAGGUCAUAGAUACUGUCUGAUCUGAACCAGACAGACAGACAGACAGACAGACAGGAGUUAAAAGUCUUGUGUGUAACAGCAGCCAGAAUAUUGUCCUUGCAGUGUUUCUUAUUUAAAAAGAAGACAAUAUGCAAAAGCCUCAUUGGUGUGUACAACUUUACAGGUUACAGUGGUUACAAAGAUGUUUUAUAUUGUGAUGUAAGUGAUGUUGUCAUAGACCUAAACCCCGAUGUCCAGCUUUUUGUGCUAUUUUCCUUUUGCGUAUAACCACCAAAGGGGCAAUUCAUUAAAAAGCAGAAAUAUUCCUUUAACCCUUCCCUUCUCCCCACAAAGACAACUGUUCGGAGAUGUUUGCCAGUUCAGCCACAGCUUUGUCUCUAACUUCAUCCAAACAUUAAUGCUGUUCUCUCAAACAGAAUAUGUCCAGGUCUAAGUCAGUUUAGAGUCAGAAAGCGGCAUACCUUUCCAAGAGUUGUCAUGUUUUAUUUUCAUAUGAUGAUGAUGAUGAUGAUGAUAUUCAUAAUACUAUAUGUACGGUUGAAGAACGACUCCUUAAACCCCUUGUAGUUUUCUUAAGUGACUCCUAGAUUAAUCUGUUAUUUCAGUAUAGUUUUCAGACUGCCCACAUUCAUAAGGGUGCAUUUAAAGCAAAAUGCUAAAGGGACAAACCUUACACCUUCAGCACGUAAAAAUAUUACCUGUACGGAUUUGUUUUGUGAUGGAAAUGCAUAUAUUGUGUACAUACUGGAGGCUGCUCAGUGGCCUUUUUUUUGAGUUUUUUUUUCUUUUUCUUUUUCUUCUUUUUUCAGAAUAUAUUAUGCCAGGAAUAACAACAGAACUUGUACUCAGAACAGAACCUGCUAUGUCCAACUUGUCUUAAGAAACCAUGAAUACAUUUCCAUACAGUUAUACACUCACACACAUAUACUGUAUACAUCUAUGCCAAUGAGUACACCUUCUCAGGACCGCUCUGUUAUGCUAUAUUUUCUCUUUAAGUCCAGAGAAGAGCAAUUCUGUGGUCCUACAAGUUAAAAGUAGAGACUGAUUUUUUUUCUUUGAAAUGCUUGUGAACCACUCACACUUCCAGUAACACCAAGUUAAGAUAGACAUAACUUUAGGUGGAUUUUUUUUUUUUUGUAAUAUUCUUUUUUUUAUAUAUGUACACUGUUUUCUGCUUCUCUUCUUUGUUUUAUUAUGUGUUCUGUCUUUAACCGUACAUGGUUAAUAUUAAAGUUGACAUGGUUAUGCUUUAA